GAAUAAUGCAGAUACGUUUCUGGUAAGAUUAUAGGGAAGAAGUGGACGUGUCCACUGUCCAAAUCUUUUUGUGCGGCUGUUGUUCGAAAUGGAUCUCCAUCUUCUGAGUGGUUUUUACCAAAUAUUAUGACCAUAGAGCGAGAGGUGGGAAUCUUUCCUGCCUCGCGAUGCGCGAAAGCUUCCGGUGUUUGCGUUUUGGCAAGCGCGUGUUCGCUGGCAAUCAAGUGACGCACAUGCCUUCCAGCCUACUUUGAAUCUUGACCACCUUGUCACGGAUGCGAGAUGUUCCGCUCUGGGUGUAUUCCGCGAAUUUUUUGUGACUUUCCUAUCCGGAAUCAGAUGUCGAACAACGGAUCUACUCAGGGCGAAUUUUUUCAACGAUCUUUUAAUGGUGUUAGGUGUUAAAGUUAGAGUCUGUCAUAGAAUACCUGAUACAGAAGACAGCUUGUUCCUCAGGAGACACAGAGUCGUUUCCAUGGACGAUUCACAGCACUUGUAUUCCUGAUUUCUCAGAGUCGAUUUUUAGGUAAUCAAUACAGGGAAGUUCUUGUAGUCAGAGAGAGAGACGAGAUAGAUUCAGAAAGGAUGCGCCAGGUGUUUUCCACAAAGUAAGUUGAUAGUUUAAAGAUUGAUUUACUUUUACUUAAUUGAUGGUACUCGCUGCGGGUUUAUUAAAGUAAGUGACUAGGCUGCUACUCCUAGAGUGUCUUGGAACCUUGUGCUCCAUCAGAAAGUCAGUUGCACGACUCUAUCAUUUUUUCACAGCUUGGUAUGAAUCCUUAACAUGUUUCGAUACUACCACUACUACGUUAGGCAAAGAAACAAUUACAAUUAGAUUUACAAGUAAAACUACUACACUCACACAAGCACAGCUUUUACAAUUAGAUUUACAAGUAAAACUACUACACUCACACAAGCACAGCUUCUUCAUGACUGAGUAGACUCAGUGGAUACGAUCAAAACAUGGGUCUGUCAAAGGAGGUCCGUAAGGACCAAAAAACGUUGCUAAUGGAGUUUCUGAAGCUCCGAUUGGCUCCCGGUGGCAAGGACGCGGCGAGAGGACUUGAUUUGAUUCUAUGGCAAGAAGCUUCAGUUUGAUUUCGAUUUGCUCCUAUGGAAAAUGAUACCAGUUUUGCAGCUCGUCUUCAAGAGGAAUGAAUCAUCUUUCCUGCUUGAGUACUUUUUUAUCUGUAGAAGUUUCCUACAACAAAGAAAGUCUUAAGCUUUUUUUUUUUGUUCUACUGCUGCUAAUUUGGAACAUGGGCAAGAUGUGUGGGCGAAAGCACGGCUUGGGCUUUCCAUGGUCGAAGUUUGGGAACGAGAUUAAACAGUACUACUACCCCGGCAAGUGCCCCUUUAUCGACUGUUCGCAUCAGGCAGUCGACGUCUUCCGGAAUCUGUGUCGUUGGCAUGGCGAUUUUUCGGUACACAACGGAGCGGCCGUGGAGCGCGCGCCCGAUGAAGAACGGAGGGCAGAGAAAGCAAGGCGCCAACGUGAGAAAGAGGACGAGCUGGAAGAACAACGCGCUGAAGAGGUAGGCAAAUACUCAUCGAUUUGUUCUCAAAGGUGAAAGAAAUCAUAUGAAUACUUUUUGCAUUCAAGCAUGUACAACUUAUGAUUGAGUCUAUAAUUGCUGGAGUUGGUAGUUCUCGUCGAACAUCCUUCUUGUUGCAGAUAAUGAAAAUGGGUGGUUAAUAGCACGAAAUCAAGAGUACUAGAAGUAGUUCUUACUACCUCAGACUCAGUCAACCUCAACACUUGUCCAGGUCCGUCGAGAGCUAGCGGCAGAGGGAGAUAGUGAAAGUGAUUCCGAGAAACGCGUAGUGCGGGAGCAACAGAUUGGCGACGUAGACGGUGCAAUAGCCCGCGCUAAAGAGCGCCUGCGCAUCAUGCAAAUCCGCAAUGGAAGAGCUCAGGAGCGCGAGAGGAAGAAAGAUAAGCCAAAAGUACGAGCGAAGGAACCCUUGCUAACUGCAAAAUUCCUGGCAGGUGAAAAGGGGGCAGACGUAAAGAAGGAACAAGUUGAGAUGAAUAAGGAGGACUUGAAGGAACAACCAUCCGCAAACGCAGACCCGAAUGUUCGUACUUUUAGAAAUCCGAAGCCAUCACCAUCACGUGGUCUAUUCCGAAAUCCGAAGCCAUCACCAUCACUGGGUCCACAACGUAGUACUAGGGAGAGCAAAAGGCCGGAGCGAAUGGGACGAGAUCAUUGGAAACGAUCUGAGAUUUUUAGUCACCGAGGCAACAACUUCCGGAAGCCACAUGAUAAGGACAGGGAGUGGACGAUACGACGCGAUAAAAAGCAGAAGAAUUUAUGGCUAAGGAAGUGUACUAUUCUGUAAGGACCUGGCUAAGGCAUUUGUACCACUAGUAGAAGCAGUAUGUACCGCUAUGCAUUAGAAUCGACAUACGUAGUACUACAUGUUGGGGACAAUCUUUGCGUGGUUAGUAUUUUUGUGAUAGGACUGGAACCGGCAUCAUUCUAUCGACGUAAUGAUUUUUUCAGAUGUAAAGUGUAUAAUGUAGAGGUAGGCAUGUGCGAGGCUGGGAUAUUCAUAUUUAUAAAGUUUGAAAUUCUUGAUACAGUUCCGAACACUAUCUGAAAAAGUCCAGUGCUAAAGAAACCUGCAGUAGUGAAAGUCCGGCGCAUCGAAAACGAUACUAGCAGUGAUUCAGAUAGGGGCAAUGCAGAGAAGAUUAAAGUAGCUCCUGAAGUCAGAGGCCGGAAAUUCAUCGAGCAUGAAGUUCCACCUUCAAUCUUCGAAACCGCUACAACAACAGCCUCUACGUUGGAGGUUUCGCGGCUAGAGAGGGGGGCGAAGGACCGAAGAGUAGAAGAUCGUAGUGGUAGGGUUGCUCCCGAUGAGAACUUGUACUAUAGCCAACAUAGCAAGAAGAAAUCAUUCUUUGACGGGGAAGCCUCAAGUAAAGGUCCAGAAGGAGGACUACGACACGGAGGACGGCAAGCACCCAAGUACCUUAAUUCAUCAUCAAAGGACCAGCUCGCGAAGAUGCAUGCAUCGUGGGACGCCAACUCCAUCGACAAAGGCGAGUAUGUUGGAUACGCGUACGACUGGGAUCGCCACGAGUGGACCUAUGUUCGGAGAGUCGAGUUACAAGCACGAAAAAUGGCUGCACACGCGAAGGGACAAGAGGUUGACAUUAGUGGCCUCGAACAAUUUACUGCGAAAGAUAUCAGCAGGGAGAAAGUAGAUGUUUUUAGUACUAGUAGGAGCAUGGCAAGGGGAAGAACGGGCACAUCCAACUACAAAAAGUUUCUUCCUCCAAGUCGUAGCCGCUCCAUGUUGUCAUCAUCUGACGACAAUGACGUUAAAACUCAACAGAAAGGAUCAUGGGGAGAUGUAGCUCCGCCUCAUGUCAAGUUUGUUUCUCGCAACACGACCUGGUGCGACCCACAGUGGCUUCGAGAGAAUCACAAGAAGAGCCUACAAGACGAUUGGGCAGAAAUUUAAGUCGUUCAUUUGUUUUCGCAGAAUAAAUGUCUUUUGUUGCUUCGAUUGUGUGCGGCGUUCUUUUCGAGUUUCUUCUUUCUAUGGAUUCAUGCAUUUCUACACAAAAGUCUUUGCUAUGAUCAUUGCAGAAGUCGUAAUUUUCGUUGCGAAUUGUGUUAAACCCAGAUACGGACUGCUAAUCUCAUUAUUUUUCUCAUUAUCAUCUAUCAUCGUCAUCAUCUACACCUACAUCUAGUUACAUGAAGGUCUCUAAAAUUUUCUACCGCCCCGUGUGCAGUUGUUCAAAGAUGGGGAAAAUUCUUGGCUUGAUCCGGAUUGGAGGAAGGCAUCGGCGACGUCGUCUCUGUGGAGGAAGGAUACGCAAUUGUUCAACUUCAGUGUUGGCCGAGAUUUUCGUAAUGGUGUCCGACCACCAAAGCAAAAGGACCUUGGUCGUGCUGUCCAACCAGACCCAGGUCGUGCUGUCCAAGUGCAACGACAUCAUCAAACCGAGCAUUACUUGCCGUCUCGUCGACGUGGCUCACCAAAAACAGAGGAGGAGAAGUUGCACACGAAGAGAAGUACUCAUGCUGGAGGACAGAAGUUGUCAACAUCACGAGGACAUCAGGAGAUGAAAUCAACGACUGGAGGUGGAGGGCGAGCACAGGGACAGGUUAG